AUGGAUGAUGAAACUACAAUUCAUGGACCUGAACAACAUCACAAGUUAAUAGUUGAUACGACUUUUAUUGCAAUUUAUCAAGCUGAAGAUUCUGAACAGCGUAAAGCCUAUUAUCAUGCAAAAAGUCCGAAAAACUAUGUAUUUAAAGUACGAAUAGCUUGUGAGUUUCAUCAUCGAAUAGCACAUGUAUCCAGAUGUUAUCCAGGUAACGCACAUGACAUUACGAUUCUAAGAGAAUCAGGUCUAUUAGAACAUUCACAAGAAGAUAAAAAACCUCGUGGUGGUGAAUUAACAGCUGAAGAUAAAGAUUUUAAUCAAUCUAUUUGCAGCGCAAGAGCAGCUAUUGAAAACAUUAACCAACGUCUUAAAAAUGAUGCUAUUUUAGGAAACGUUUAUAGAGGACCUUAUGAUGAUAUUGGCAAAAUCACUAUAAUAGCACAUGUUGUUUCUGCUCUUUGUAAUCUUCAAUUGCAUAAACAUCCUAUUCGUAAUCACAGAUCAUGA